AUGAGGCCGAUCCUGACGCAGCCCAGCCGCAGCUCUCUCCACAAGUUACCGGCGGGUCAGACUGAAGACAUUUUCUGUAGGUUUGUGGUUCUACACACUGAGAAUGACGUAGAUGCUAUCUGGAUCCAGAACCUGCUGCAGAAUAAAUUUUCUAUUAAACCUGGCAUAAUCUUUGCAGACAUGAAAGGUGGUGAACAAAUCUCGGAAAACUUAAGUGAUGCUGUGAAUGGCUCAGUAUGUGAUACUAUAUUCUUGACAGAAAAAAUUUUUGAAUGAACCUUGGUAGGAGUCUCUUACACCUCCCCUGUCAAUCCACUUAACCAACAGCACAAAUACAACUCUCUGAUACCUCUGAGACUGCUGAAUAACUCACUUAUCUGGGAGAAGAUUCCCUUUGCCUUGCAGGCUAUUACCAUGCUGGAAGAAAACAGUCAUGACUCUGCAAAACAAGUAGAGAAAAUUUUCAAAGAGUUUACAUGCAAGCAGCAGCAAGAGUCUCCACGAAGGUCCCUUCAGAGGAAAAAGGCCUCAGUAUUGGACUAUCUGAUCUCGCACCUGCCUGCUUUGACUCCUGAUUUUAUGUCACCCGGGGGCAUUGAGGCGUCCUUCUACCUGCAUCAUCCAUCAUCAUCAUCAUCAUCAUCAUCAUCAUCAUCCUCAUCGAUCAUCAUCGUCAUCAUCCACUGCGUCAAUUGGUCUUCGUCCUGUGCCUUUUCAUACUUCUAG